AUGAAAGGAGGGUUGCGCUUCGCAUUAUGCGCGGGGUUACUUCUGCUCUUCUCCCUUUUCCUGCUGGAGGCCCAUAUCCAAGAUAUCUGUAACCAGUACCGCGCAGGCGCAUACUUGGUAAACUGGCUGGACCGCAGUAGGCCCUCGCGCCCACCUCUAAGCUAUGAAGUGGGCGACAAGGUGAUUGUCAUGGCCAGGUUGGAGGAGGAGAAUAUCGAUUGGGUGGAGGAAGAACUUCCCGACUGGCAGCGGGCACUUUAUGUCGUCAACCCUUCAUCCGAAACUCGCGCCAACGACCAGAUUCUCACGACCCCUUUGAACAAAGGCCACGAGGCUAUGGCCUAUCUCACCUAUGUUAUCGAUCACUACUACGUCCUUCCAUCCACAAUCGCCUUUCUCCAUGCGCAUAGGUCGGGAUUCCUUCUGGCAUGGCAUGUCGAUGCGCCCCUCCACGACAAUGUCCUCGCCAUGCGCGCGUUGCAACUCGACUUUGUCCAGCAAAAUGGCUACGUUAACCUGCGCUGCAACUGGAACCCGGGCUGCAAGGAAGGGCAUCGCUUCAAUCGACAUGUCACUAACCAGGUCUGGUCGGAUAUCUUUUAUGGAACGAGCACGCCACCACUAAACGUCUCCUCGCCAUAUGAGCAAGAAUCAGCAACACAAGAAUACUUGCGCAAGCCUGAUCAGAUAGCUGCCGCAUGCUGCGCACAGUUUGCUGUCUCGCGCAGCCAGGUGCAGCGUCGGCCACGGGAUGACUAUGUCAAGUUCCGGCAGUGGCUCAUCGACACUGAGUUGAACGAUGCCUCGUCAGGACGAGUAAUGGAGUUUUUAUGGCAUAUAAUUUUCGGCAUGGGCUCGAUCUACUGUCCUGAUGAACAACUCUGCUACUGUCAAGUUUAUGGAAAUUGCUGA